UCGAGAACCGGAGAGAAACCAGAGAUAAGGACGCAACUGCAGAGAUGAGAACCGCAUUCAAUCCACUAUUAAGUUCAUAAAUACGACGUCACCCUCAUACAACACACACGAACCGCUUCAUCCUCGCCGGAGCUUUCUCUCACGUUCCCUUCUCUGUCUGACUGAAGUGGUUGUGGUUAGGGUUUGGAGUUGGUGGUUGGCAAUGGAGGUGGUGGAGCUCUGCCUGGUGGUGUUGCUCUGACGGAGGCUAGGGUUUGGUGGUGAGGUUUGAGGAACUGGAAGGAGGAGUAGGAGGAGGAGGAGAAGGAGGAGGAAAUUGAUGGCGGUGGAGUAUCGUUGUUGUGAAGCGGAAUUCUUCAUACACAUACUGAUAAUUGUCGGUUUGGUUUUGUUUGCUGGCUUGAUGUCUGGACUCACUCUGGGGCUCAUGUCCAUGAGUUUGGUUGAUCUUGAGGUUCUUGCCAAAUCUGGAACUCCCAAGGAUCGGAAACAUGCUGAAAAGAUAUUGCCUGUUGUCAAGAAGCAGCAUUUGCUGCUUUGCACGUUGCUUAUCUUCAAUGCUGCUGCCAUGGAGGCUCUUCCUAUUUUUCUUGACGGCCUGAUCACUGCUUGGGGUGCUAUUUUGAUUUCAGUGACAUUGAUACUUCUGUUUGGUGAGAUAAUACCUCAAUCGGUUUGUUCUCGAUAUGGUUUGGCAAUUGGUGCAACAGUGGCUCCUGUGGUCCGCAUUCUUGUUUGGAUCUGCUAUCCUGUUGCAUAUCCAAUAAGCAAGCUAUUAGACUUUCUACUGGGACAUGGACAUGUAGCCCUUUUCCGUAGAGCUGAGUUGAAAACACUUGUUGAUUUUCAUGGUAAUGAGGCUGGAAAAGGUGGAGAGCUGACACAUGACGAGACAACAAUCAUUGCUGGAGCACUUGAGCUCAGUGAGAAAACAGCUAGUGAUGCCAUGUCUCCUAUAUCUGAUACUUUCGCAAUUGAUAUCAAUGCCAAGCUUGAUAGGGAUCUGAUGAAUCUAAUCUUGGAGAAGGGGCAUAGCAGAGUGCCAGUGUACUAUGAGCAGCCCACAAAUAUCAUUGGACUUAUUCUGGUGAAGAAUUUGUUAACCAUUCAUCCAGAAGACGAAAUACCUGUAAAGAAUGUCACUAUCCGCAGGAUUCCAAGGGUUCAAGAAACUUUGCCAUUAUAUGACAUAUUGAACGAAUUUCAGAAAGGUCACAGCCAUAUGGCUGUUGUUGUAAGACAGUGCAACAAAAUGGAGGAGCAGUCUUCCAACAAGAGCCCUGCUGAUAAUUCAGUGAAAGACGUGAAGGUGGAUAUUGAUGGUGAAAAACCUGCUUCUGCACAAGAAAAAAGUUUAAAGAACAAGAGAGGACUCCAGAAGUGGAAGAGUUUUCCCAACAGUGCAAAUAAUUCAUACCGAAGUGGCACCCCGAGGAGUAAGAAAUGGGCUAGGGACAUAUACUCAGACAUCCUGCAGAUAGAUGGCAGUCCACUGUCGAAACUAGCUGGAGAAGAAGAGGCCGUUGGCAUCAUAACAAUGGAAGAUGUCAUUGAAGAGCUUUUACAGGAGGAGAUCUUUGAUGAGACGGAUCAUCAUUUUGAAGACUCAUAACUCUGGUUCCAGUUAUAGUGCAGUAGAAAUAUAUAUCCAAGAUAAAAUAAGUAAAUCUGUUUCGGCACUUUGGUCUACACAUGAGUUGGCAGAGUUAUGAAUGAAAACUUGGGACCUACUGAAGUGUGAGCAGGAACACGGUUUUGGAACUGUUUUUUUAGUACGAUGGCACACUAGUGAAAAAAAAGGGAGAAUUUACCAUUUGUUGUGUAUACAGUGUCUUGUGUAGUUAUUAGUUUGGGAGGUGAA